AUGGCCAAAUCCAGGGUUGCGCCUUUAAAACCAGUCACGAUACCGAGAUUAGAACUUCAGGCGUGCACACAAGGAGCACGUUUAAAUCAGUUUGUGAAGGAUGGGCAUUCCCUAAAGAUAUCCAAACAUUUCCUUUGGACUGACUCGAGCACCGCACUGAGUUGGAUAAAUUCAGACCCUCGACGAUUCCGACCGUAUGUGUCUUUCCGAGUUGCAGAAAUUUUGGAGUUGACUGAUAGAAAUGAAUGGCGCUGGGUCCCUUCUAAACAAAAUCCCGCCGAUGAAGCGACAAAGUGGGGAUCUGGUCCUUACUUCAAGGCUAACAGCAUUUGGUACUCUGGCCCAGAAUUCCUGUACAAACAUGAAGCAGAAUGGCCACAACAAAGGCGACCCGUUCCAAUUGAGGAGGAGCUUAGAGCGUGCUACGCUCAUAGAGGAUUGAUCGGACGGGUGUCAGUAAUAGACUUUCAACGUUUUUCUAAAUACAAUCGUUUGCUCAGGGCAAUGGCAUAUGUGCACCGGUUCAUAAAUUAUACUCGAAGACAGAAGCCAUCAGAGAGCCAACGAUCGAUACACCUGUCCUCAGCAGAAUUACGACAAGCCGAGCAAUCUUUAUUUGCAAUGUCCCAGUGGCAAUCAUACCCAGACGAAGUUGCAACGUUGAAACACAACAUGACUCUUCCAGCAACUCAACGGAAGCCGAUCGAAAAGUCCAGCAGCAUAUAUACGCUGACUCCAAUGAUGGAUAAGAAUGGUGUCCUGAGAGUUGAUGGUCGAACUGGAGCGGCUCGACGAGCACCAUCUACCGUUAAGUAUCCUAUCAUUCUUUCCUACCACAACCGGUUAACAGCUCUGAUCGUAGAUGAACAACACAAAAAAUUACACCACGGUAACAACGAGACGGUAGUGAACGAACUACGUCAACGUUACUACAUUCCGAAGCUUCGGACCUUAGUUAAGAAGAGAAGUACGAGUUGUCAACUUUGUCGAAUACGCAAAGCGAAACCAAAAGUUCCACUGAUGUCGCCCCUGUCAGAAGCUAGAUUGUCUUCAUUCGCCCGACCCUUUAGCUACGUUGGGCUUGAUUAUUUCGGCCCCAUCACUGUCAAGCUUGGACGCAGCCAUGUAAAACGCUGGAUUGCGUUAUUGACGUGCUUAACUAUUCGUGCUGUACACGUCGAAGUAGCAAGCAACUUAAGCACGGAAUCGUGUAUUUUGGCUGUUCGCAGAUUCGUUUGUCGCAGAGGGUUUCCGGUCGUAAUUUACAGCGACAACGGAACUAAUUUUCAAGGCGCAGAAAGAUUACUGCGAGAACAAAUUGAACAGGGCCUGGAAGCAACGUUCACCAGUACGACAACAAAUUGGAAACUCAAUCCUCCCUCAGCCCCCCAUAUGGGGGGAUCCUGGGAACGAUUGGUUCGUUCCGUCAAAACAGCACUUGGCGCUACGUGUGAUAAUGACAAUAUUUCUGAUGAAGACCUUUUAACCAUAGUCAUCGAGGCAGAAUCCAUAGUAAACAGCCGUCCGCUGACGUAUUUACCCAUAGAUUCGACAGAACAAGAAUCCCUUACGCCAAAUCACUUUCUGCUCGGUAGCUCAUCAGGAAUACGCCAGCCGAUAGCAGCUACAGCGAAUGAAUGUUCUCUAUUGAAACGAUCGUGGGGUCGAAUCCAAAAGCUUUUGGACCGAUUUUGGAAACGGUGGGUCCUAGAAUACUUACCAACUCUAACUAAACGGACGAAGUGGUUUGAGGAAAGUAGAGCCAUACAACCGGGCGAACUAGUUCUUAUCAUCGACGAUACGACACGUAAUGAAUGGACGCGAGGACGCAUUCUGAAAGUGAUCACCGCUGCAGAUGGAAGAGCAAGGCAAGCGGAGAUUAUGACUACCAAAGGUAUUUUGCGUCGGCCUGUGGCAAAGUUGGCUAUUUUGGAUGUGUCUGAUGAAACCGGGAAUGCUCACCAGUUCCAUCGGGGGGAGAAUGUUACCAAGGAAGCAAAGGAACUGGCAACUUUGCUCGCCGUUAAUAAACGGCUAAUGCCGUGA